GCUGCCUGCGUGCGACGCAGCCAGCCUUCGCCUUCUCCUCUCGUACUCAAGAGACUAGGGUUUUAGUGGCUUCCCCAUUUCUCUCUCCUCUCGUCCCAUUCGCUUUCUCGCCUCCUCCUCCUCCCCGCGGCGGCGCAUCGGCGACGAAGAGCUCCCCCGCGAUGGGCGGCGACAAGGAGAACCUCGACCUCUCCGACCUCAACGCCUCGCUGCCUGCCGCCGCUGCAGCUCUCAGCCCCGAGGACCGCGCCGGCCUCGUCAAUGCCCUGAAGGAUAAGUUGCAGACCUUGGCGGGUCAGCACACGGACGUGCUUGAGGCGCUCUCGCCCAAUGUCAGGAAGCGUGUUGAAUAUUUGAGGGAGAUCCAGAGCCAGCAUGAUGAAAUUGAGGCAAAAUUUUUUGAAGAGCGAGCUGCGCUUGAAGCGAAGUACCAGAAGCUUUAUGAACCUUUGUAUACAAAGAGGUAUAACAUUGUAAAUGGAGUUGUGGAAGUUGAUGGAGUAACAGCUGAACCAGCCAGUGCAAAUGCUGCUGAGGGGAAAGAUGCAGAUGCUAAAGGAGUCCCAGAUUUCUGGCUUAAUGCUAUGAAAACCAAUGAAGUGCUUUCUGAUGAGAUCCAAGAGCGUGAUGAGCCUGCUUUGAAAUAUCUGAAAGAUAUCAAGUGGGCUAGAAUUGAUGAUCCAAAGGGUUUCAAACUGGAAUUUUUCUUUGAUACCAACCCUUUCUUCAAGAACUCUGUCCUGACAAAAACUUACCACAUGGUUGAUGAAGAUGAACCAAUUUUGGAGAAAGCAAUUGGGACCGAAAUUGAGUGGUAUCCUGGUAAAAACCUGACACAGAAGAUUCUAAAAAAGAAACCCAAGAAAGGUUCAAAGAAUGCAAAGCCUAUUACCAAAACUGAAGUCUGUGAGAGCUUCUUCAACUUUUUCAGCCCCCCGCAAGUACCCGAUGAUGAUGAGGACAUUGAUGAAGAUACUGCUGAUGAGCUUCAGGGUCAAAUGGAACAUGAUUAUGACAUUGGGACCACUAUAAGGGAUAAGAUCAUCCCACAUGCUGUUUCCUGGUUUACUGGUGAGGCAGUGCAACCUGAGGAUUUUGAUGAAGAGGAUGAGGAUGAUGAUGAAGAUGAUGAGGAUGAGGAUUAAGACGAUGAGGAAGAGAAAAGCUAGCCUAAGAAGAAGUUGCCAUCGAAUGGUGGGGCACAAGGAGGUGCUGAUCAACCAACAGAGUGCAAGCAGCAGUAGAACUAUGGCUCGUAUCGUCCCAUGAGCUGGCAUUUGUCGAUGCAGUAUUUUCCGUUGAACUGCCCAGGAGCUGCACGGCUGAGAUAUCACUGCUGACAUACCUAUGUUGAGUUACCCGUGGUUUUAUUGGAGGGCACUUUGUGCUGUGUUAGUGCCUUGGUGGUUUGGAGCAUCUAUACUAGAAUAUUAUGUUUUUGUUAUAUGCAUCGGUUUCUUAAGUUUGUGUAAUUAUAUCUGGGAUCUGCUGGUGGAACUUUUAGUACUAUUCAUUCGAGGCUUAUGAAGAAAGUCGAAAUUUGUGCCAUUUGAUAUUA